GCGUCGUGCCUAUUAAUAGCUACAGUAGUAGAAUCGAAUCGAAUCCAAUCAAUCAGCUCCCUCCAACCAUAACAUGAAAGAAAAGAAAAAGUGCGGCGGACAGAGAAAGACGCGAACAGGAAGGAGAGCAGCCUGGAAUUUGGUUGCGUGUGAGAGACUGGACGCCAUAGAGAAAGAGCCCAACGAGAGUCAGUAGCAACGAGUCAACGAGUCAGCUGCGAGAUUGAGCGCGGCAUACAGCAAACAGUGUAACAACAGAAAAAACUCGUUCCUCGGGCCCUUUAUCUGGCAUUACAGUACUGACAAUCAACACCGCGACAAUGUCACUUCUGAUCAGAGAGUGCAAGUUGCUCCGAUGCGCGGCAGACGAACCAACAGUUGGUGCGUACGACCAUGGCAUUUACGACUCUCCACUCGAGUGGACAGAAUCAAAGGACGCCCCGGAUGCUCUGCUGGAAGAGUAUCAUGAAGAUAUAUGGGACCAGCAGCAGUGUUCUCCGGGCAUGAUCAAGAGUCUGUACAUUGAAAACUUUAUGUCACACCGAGAGCUGAGGAUUGAUUUUUCUCGCCACACGACCGUCAUUUGUGAUCCCACGGUCGAACAUUCGGCUGUAUUCACGGCCAUACAACUGGCAUUGGGUGCUUCGUCCAGUCAGCUGGAAGUAGCCAAGCACCUACAAGAGUUGGUGAGGACACCCACCGCACAACCUUUGAGCGUUGGCCCUGGUAUCAUUGCUCGUGUUUGCAUCACAUUGGAGAACCGAGGAGAGGCUGGCUAUCAGAAAGACGUCUAUGGCGAUGAAAUCCAUGUGGAAAGAUCCAUUUCCUCCCGGGUUGGAUGCUAUGGUUGGCGCAUUCUCGACAUGAAUGGAGUGGAAAAAUCCCGGAGCAAAAGCGAUUUGUUCGCAAUGCUUCAGUACCUUCACAUUGGCGUUGAUAACCCCGCGACCAUCUUGAAGCAAGCCAAAGCGAAGCGAGUGGGCAACCCCAAGGACAUGUAUAGGUUCUUUGCUAGUGCCAGCAAGUUGGACUUUAUCGAGGAUACGUAUCUGCAAGUGGGGAAAGAAAUUGAAAAAUACAAAGCCUUGCGAACCGAUCUGAUGGAGAUCAUGACGGAAAAGAUUGAUUACGUGGAAUCCCUCAAAGACGAUUGGGAGCACGAGAGGGAAUCACUUUUGUGGAAGCCCACAGCAACCAAGCAGGAGAGUGAGGACGAAGGUGAACCCAAGGAAUCCAAUAUCAAGGGGGCAUUGAAAGAUGCUAUCGAAAUGAUGGAUUCUGUGAAAGAAAACUUUAGCAAAAUGAAGGAGCUUGAAACUUCAAAGUCUAUUUUCUGCAAGAACUACUGGAAGGCAAAAGUUGAACAAGAGGCUAUGAUGGACCACAUCAAUGUCAUUAGCCAGCAGAUCGAUCGCCUGGAAGAAGACUUGAUAUCUCGCAAAAAACAGCUCAAAAAGGAGCAAAACUACGUUGUCACAAUGGCCAGCGUGUGUUACGAUGAAUGUCUUCAAACCAUGGACUGCAUGGGUAAGGUCGUGGUAGACUUUGCAAAGGGGGAAUUGACUCUUGUUUCCAAGAAGAAAAAGAAACGCAUCAAGAUGGAUGACCGCAUUGUUGACGCCAAGGAGAAAGACGAGGCAUUCAAAUCCAUGUCCUUUCUCAUGGCCAUUUCACAGCCACUGGGGUACCCUGUCCAAUGCACUCUUCUUCAUCCGAAGAAUUGUGUGGAUCUCUUGGAAAGAAGUUUGGCUUGCACGCAAAAGUUUCCAAACCGACAAUUUAUGUUCGUUUUGCCCGAAAAUGUACCACAGUUGAGAGACAAUAUGCAUCUCAAGGUCGUCAAGUUGUGAGUUUGGUUUAGUGUAAGAAGGUCAAAAGAUGCUGUCUUCGGAGAAGGUGGUGGAUUAGCAAAACGUGAUCAGUGUGACUUGCCAGGGGCUCUGCGUACUUUUCGGAGCGAAGAGCGAAGGGAAAUUUUCUUUAUUAGAUGCUAAUCAUACAGUGCAGUGGAAAUAACUUAAAAACAAAACAAACAGCUACCCCUCAUGGGAGGGGUCAAGCUGUAGAC